AUGAAGAUGGUGGACGGCGUGAUUCUCGUCGUCGACGCCUACGAAGGCCCGCAGGCACAGACGCGCUUCGUGCUCCGCAAGGCACUGCAAGAGGGGCUGCUGCCCAUCGUGGUCAUCAACAAGAUUGACCGCCCCCAUGCCGACCCGCUGAAGGUGAAGGACCAGGUGCUGGAGCUGCUCAUGGAUUUGGAUGCCACGGAGGAGCAGUUCGAGGCUCCCUUUGUGUACGGAUCCGCCCGCGACGGCUAUUUCAUGAACAGCCCCGAGGGCGAGCCCCCCGUGGACUGCACCCCCCUGCUCCAACAGAUUGUCAAGCACAUCCCCGCGCCCGAGGAUGCCGACCCCGACAAACCUUUCAAGAUGCUCAUCUCCAACAUCGACUGGGAUGACUACGUGGGGCGUGUGGCCGUGGGCCGCAUCACGCACGGCCGCGUGCAGAAGGGCGACACGGUCGGCCUUCAGAACACGGAAUCCGCCAUCGGCGAGGCCGGCAACAUCAUCGGUCUUUCGGGCUUCGAGGACGUGGACAUCGGCGAGACCAUCGUGGGCGACCCCCGAGGGCGAAGCCCUGCCUUCGUGGACAUCGAGCCCCCCACCGUGCAGAUGGAGUUCAGCAUCAACGACGGCCCGCUGGGCGGCAAGGACGGCAAGAACGUCACCAGCCGCGUCAUCCGCGACCGCCUGAUGCGCGAGAUGCGCACGAACAUCUCCAUCAAGGUGGAGGACACCGAUCUCGCGGGCGUGUUCUCCGUCUCCGCCCGCGGCACCAUGCAGAUUGCCAUUCUCGUCAUCACCCAGACCAUCGACGGCGUGGUGUGCGAACCCUUUGAGACGGUGUACAUCGAGGUGCCCGAUGAGUGCUCCAACGGUGCCGUCCGCAUUCUCGGCAACCGCCGCGGCAUUCUGGAGAACAUGGAGGCAAACGGCACGGGGCGCACCUACAUUCAGGCCACCAUCCCCACGCGCGGCCUCAUCGGCUUCGAGUUCGAGCUGGUGAACCUCACCAGCGGCCACGGCAUCUUCUCCCACCUCUUCAAGGAGUACGCGCCCUAUGCGGGUGAAAUCGUCACGCGCCAGACGAGCACGCUCGUCUCCAUGGAGAACGGCAUCGCCAGCCCCUACUCCCUGCAAUCCAUGGAGGAGCGAGGCCCGCUCUUCAUCGGGCCCGGCGAUGAAGUGUACGAAGGCAUGAUUGUGGGCGAGAACCCCAAGGAUAUCGACAUCCCCGUGAACCCCACGCGCGAGAAGCACCUCACCAACCACCGCUCCGCCAACAAGAACGUGUCGAUUGCCCUCACGCCUCCCCGCGUCUUCUCGCUGGAGCGAGCCAUCGAAUACAUUGAGCCCGAUGAGCUGGUGGAAGCCACGCCGCACUUCAUCCGCAUGCGCAAGCGCAUCCUGAACGCCACGGAACGCAAGCGCGCCGCCUAUGCGGAACAGAACCUCAACGGGGCAAUUCUACGACAUAUUGCGGAAGUAAUACCCCAGCGCGAGCAUCAGCAGGAGGAGGAGUAUGCCUACCGCAGCUGA